AGUUGAGCGGGUAGCGAGGAGAAGAGGCCUGGAAACGCGCGUACGCAGCUGUUUCGGGGCCACGGAAGCUUCCCCAGUGCGUGUUUCCCCACUUCCACAGGGGCUGCUGAGCGGUGCCUGUCGGGAGUUGUUACGCUACAGUUGUAUUAGUGAGGGCGCAGUCGGGGGGGGGGACCUCGGGCCAAGAGUGACCCGAACAGGGUCCUGGUGAACAAACGGAUGGCGGCGGCCGGAGGAGGCGGAGGGGCAGGUGAAUCGGGAACCGGGGGCAAAAUACGGAGUAGAAGAUACCACCUCAGUUCCGGACGGACUCCUUACAGCAAGAGCCGGCAGCGGCAGGGUAUCAUCAGUCGUGUCACAGAUGCUGUCAAGAGCAUUGUUCCUGGAUGGUUGCAGAAUUAUUUUAAUAAACAAGAAGAAGAACGCGGUAGAGCACAUAAUGCAAGUGAACUGAUUGUGGAGGAUACUGAGGGUAGACAAAAUAACACUGAACACCAUAUAUAUGUUGAUGAUGAAGGAAACUCUGCAAGUGGCAGAGUCACACCUGAACCAAUAAUUAAUGUUGAUGAAGAAGUUCCGUCCACUAGUCAGUCGGCAAUAAAUGACACAGAUGCCCUUACUAGACCAUCAUUGCAUCGGGCUAAUCUAAACUUCAACCUAUUUGAUUCUCCGGCCAUGAACUGCCAGCCCACAACUUCUACAUUUCCUAUUGGCACCUCUGGCUUCUCCCUUGUUAAAGAGAUUAAGGACUCUACCUCUCAACAUGAUGAUGAUAACAUUUCCACCACCAGUGGUUUUUCUUCUCGAGCAUCUGAUAAGGAUAUGGCAGUUUCCAAAAAUGUCGGUGUGCCACCUCUUUGGUCUCCUGAAGUUGAUCGCUCACAGUCUUUGUCACAUAACUCCUCCAUGACCUCCAAAAAACCAACUUUUAAUUUGUCUGCUUUCAGUUCUCUGUCACCAUCUCUUGGAAACGCCUCUUUCGUAAACAGUCAGCUUGGGGAUUCUCCUUUUUAUCCUGGUAAAACAACAUACCAAGGAGCAGCUGCAGUCCGUUCCUCUCGUGUGCGCUCUAACCCAUAUCAAGCACCUUUACGAAGACAGGUGAAGGCAAAACCAGCAAACGCUCAGCAGUAUGGGGUUACCAGCUCCACUGCUCGUCGCAUUCUACAGUCUUUGGAGAAGAUGUCUAGCCCUUUGGCGGAUGCCAAAAGGAUUCCAUCAAACUCUUUAUCACAUACACCAGAAAAGAGCCUCAUGGAUAUUGCAGAAAACCCAUCAAAAAGGAAAAAAGUGGAGUCUCCAUUUCCCCCUGUUCAGAAACUUGUGACUCCAAAAUCAAUUUCUGUCUCUACAAACCGUUCCCUGUAUAUCAAGCCUUCACUGACACCAUCUGCUGUAUCAAAUACAAGCAGUCGCAGAGUACAGCCAGACAAGCACAAUGAGUCCAGAGAGAAUAAUGUUCAGACUGUGCAAUCAACAUCUCACAGCUUCUCUUACCCAAAGUUCAGCACUCCGACAUCCAAUGAAUUGCUAUCAAGAGGUGGUGGCAAAAUGAUGAGGCAGAAAGGCUCUCAUUAUUCAACAAAGCCAGCUGAGGAGACAAGUGGAUUAACCAGCAGCAGCCCAUUGUUCACAUUUUCAUCCCCUAUUGUGAAAUCAACUGAAUCAAAUGCUCAGUCUCCUGGCUCAUCUGUUGAUUUUACAUUCAGUGUACCAACAGUCAAAGUGUCUUCUGCAACAACAUCUAUAGAUAGCAAGGUGUCUGCUGUAAGUACCACAGCUAAAACGCAUAUUGCUGUGAAUAACAGCAGUGCAAAGGACUCUGAUGAACAAGUGGGAUUUUGUAAACCUGCAAAAACUUUGAAGGAAGGAAGUGUGUUAGAUAUCCUGAGAAGUCCAGGGUUUUCAUCUUCACCUUCCCAACAGACUUCAGCAUCCACUCCCAACAGAAGCACAUCAACUUUCUCAAAGACUGUGGGAAAUGCCUUCUCCCCUGUAAAGGUCACCUUAGGAGUAGGAGGCAAGCAAGCUUUGGGACUGUGGCAAUGCAGUGCAUGCUGUCAUGAGAAUAUGGCAUCUGACAGCAACUGUACUGCUUGCUGUGCUGCAAAACCCCAGCCUGCUGAAACCAACAAGAAACUGCCUGCUUCACCACAACAUAGCAAUACAAAAACCACCGUUCCCCUUUCUAGUGUACAAGGACUAGGAGACAAAUUUAAACUGCCUGCAGGCACGUGGGAUUGUGACACUUGUUUAGUACAGAACAAAGCAGAGGUAACAAAGUGUGUUGCUUGUGAAACCCCCAAACCUGGCACUGGCAUGAAAGCUAACUUGUUGUUACCUCCUGCUACAAAGGCGCUAAAUUCUGCUCCAACUCCUUCUGCUUUUGUAUCUUCUUCUGGAAGCAUUACAAAUGAAGAAAAGCCUGAAGGAUCUUGGGAUUGCACAGGUUGUCGUAUGCAGAAUAAAACUGAGAAUAAUACAUGUGUGGCCUGCAAAGCAGAUAAGCCAGGAGCCAUCAAGAGCUUAUCUACAGCUGCACCAUCAGGGCUGCUGGGAUUGUUAGAUCACUUUAAGAAACCAGCAGGGAGCUGGGAUUGUGAUGUCUGCUUAAUACAGAACAAACCAGAAGCCACCAAAUGUGUUGCAUGUGAAAGUGCCAAGCCAGGCACCAAACCAGAACUGAAAGGUACUUUCGGAACAGUGCAAACUUCAGCUGCACCCGUUUCUUUAGGGCUGGGAUUGCUAGAUCAGUUUAAGAAGUCAGCAGGAAGCUGGGAUUGUGAAGUCUGUCUGGUAGAAAACAAACCAGAAGCCAACAAAUGUAUUGCCUGUGAGAGUGCAAAGCCAGGCACCAAAGCAGAGUUAAAAGGUUUUGGAACAUCAACCUUAUCAGCUGGAACCACAGCUCCAACCUUCAAGUUUGGUGUGCAACCCUCGGAUAGCACAGGGGAGUUGAAAUCAGGUGCCUCUACAGACUCUACUACAAGUGGCUUUUCUUUUGCCAAACCUAUAGGGGAUUUUAAAUUUGGUUUAGCAUCUGCCUCCGCAACAACAGAAGAAACUGGCAAGAAAAGCUUUACAUUUGGCACUUCUACCAGCAAUCAAGCUUCAGCAGGUUUUAAGUUUGGCGUUGCCAGCUCUGCUCAGACAAACCAAGACACCAGUGGUGGUUUCACAUUCGGCUCUGUAUCCAGCACUGUUUCUUUUUCUCCUGCUGCAACUUAUUCAGGGAGUACAGGCUUGCAGGUGCCGGCUGCAGAUGACGAUUCCAGCCGUGCAUCAGCAGCUGGCUUAAAAUCUGCAGAAGAAAAAAAGCCUGAAGCACCUGCCGUGACAGCUUUUUCUUUUGGGAAAACAGAUCAAAAUAAAGAGACUGUAUCCACAUCGUUUAUCUUUGGAAAGAAAGAUGAAAAGACUGACUCUGCUCCAACUGGAAACUCGUUUGGUUUUGGGUUAAAAAAGGAUGGGGAGGAGCCUAAGCAGUUUCUGUUUGGAAAACCUGAGCCAACCAAAGAAGAUAGUACUAGUAGUACAGCAUCUGCUGGUUUUGCUUUUAGAGUGUCUAAUCCCACCGAGAAAAAGGAUGUUGAACAGCCUGUGAAGUCAGUUUUUGCCUUUGGGUCUCAAACUUCCACAACAGAUGCUGGAGCUUCCAAGCAGCCUUUCAGUUUCCUGACCGGUGUCUCCUCCACUUCAGCUUCAUCAAGCGCUUCUGGUGUCUCUAGCAGUGUGUUUGGCAGUGUGGCUCAGUCCAGCACUCCUGCAAACCCUAGUAAUGUGUUCGGUAGUGCUACUUCAUCAAAUCCUUCUGCCGUGUCUAGUGGUGUAUUUGGAAACCUUAAUCCAUCAAAUGCCCCUGCAAGUUCUAGCACUUUGUUUGGUAAUGUUGCUCCUUCAAGUACUCCCUCGGGCUCCAGUAGUUUGUUUGGCACUGCUAACCCAUCAAGUACUCCUGCCAGUUCCAGUAGCUUGUUUGGCACUGCAGCCAAACUGAGUGCUCCUGUGGGCUCUGGUGGGGUGUUCAACAGUGCGGCCCCUGUGCCCCCAGCAUCAACUUCAAGUAGUGUGUUUGGAAGUGCGGCUCCAGCAAACACUUCUGCAAAUUCUGCAAACAUAUUUGGAAGCGCUGGUGGAACCUCUGGUGCUCCUGGGACUUUUGUGUUUGGACAGCCAGCUAGCACUACUAGCACUGUUUUUGGGAAUUCAAGUGAAUCCAAGUCAACAUUUGCUUUCUCUGGUCAGGAGACUAAACCAGUGACCUCUGCAAUUACUUCUGCUACUCCAUUUGUAUUUGGAGCAGAGUCUGCCAGUACUACCCCAGCAGCUCCAGGUUUUAACUUUGGACGAACAAACACCUCAAACGUGACAGGCACUAGUUCUUCUCCGUUUAUCUUUGGUGGUGGCCCAACUGCCUCAGCUUCACCGAGCCUGACUGCUCAUGCUAAUCCAGUGCCGGCAUUUGGGCAAAGUGCUAACUCAUCUACUGCUCCGGCUUUUGGGUCUUCAACUUCAGUGUUUCCAGCUGGUAAUUCUCAGCAAGUGCCAGCCUUUGGUUCUAGUACUGCACAGCCCCCUGUGUUUGGGCAGCAAGCUGCUCAGCCUUCUUUUGGAUCAUCUGCUGCACCCAGUGCUGGAUCUGGCUUCCAGUUUGGCAACAACACAAACUUCAACUUUACCACCCCAAAUUCGUCAGGUGGAGUGUUCACUUUUGGUGCAAAUGCUGGAUCCACCCCCCAGCCACCUGCCCCAGGCUUUAUGUUUAAUGCAGCUGCUUCAGGUUUUAACGUGGGAACGAACGGCAGGAGUACUCCAGCAUCUUCUAUUUCGAAUCGCAAGAUAAAGACCGCCAGAAGACGAAAAUAAUUCUGAAUGUGCUAGAAGUAAUCGCUUUUUUUCAAGAAAUGAAUGGUGUCCUGCAUUGUACAAAUCCUGGAGUGUACCUCAUGCUGUGUGUAGUGGAAGUCAGAUUGGCUCAAGGACAAAAUAUAUGCUGAAACUGUUGUUUUUUUCUCCCCUGUAAUUAAAAUAUGGUGAUGGGAAAUUUCUUAAGCGAGAAA